CGCCGUUGAAUUUCUCCUCCCUUUACUCUUCCUUACUUCGAUGAUGAACGUUUUCGCUCGGUCCGCUCGCGUCGCUGUCGCUGCCGCUAAGCCCGCUCGUUUGGCUCGUUUCUACGCCUCCGAGGCCCCUGCCACUUCCGAGAAGCUUCGCUUGACCUUUGUUGUUCCUCACCAGGCCAUCUACAAGGGCGUCGAUGUUCAACAAGUCAACUUGGCCGCCACCUCUGGUGAUAUGGGUAUUCUCGCCAACCACGUUCCCACCAUUGAACAAUUGAACCCCGGUAUCGUUGAAGUCAUCGAAUCUGGUGAUGUUACCAAGAAGUUCUUUGUCUCGGGUGGUUUUGCCAUUAUCAACCCUGACUCUUCUCUUAACAUCAACGCUGUUGAGGCUGCCAAGCUUGAAGAUCUCUCCAUCGAGAGCGUCCAAUCUGCUCUUGCUGAUGCUCAACGCGUCGCAAACGGCAACGGUUCCGAAGAGGAAAAGGCUGCUGCCAAGAUCGAGGUUGAAGUCUACGAAGCCAUCCAGUCCGCUUUGUCCAAAUAAACUAUUGCUAGGGUAAAGUUUUAGAACAACAAUAAUAUAUCCAAGGUGAUAUUAAAAAAAAACAUAAAUUCAAAUCAGUACAAUUGAAAAGAAAAAAGAACAAUAUG